AUGUGGACUGCCAUCGCAUUCUUCCUACUGAUUUCCUUCUGUGUCUGUGAACACAGGUUUUCUGUCCUGAAAGGGAAAGGAGUCCAUAUAGUGCGAAUCAACAGACUUAGGACUGAAAAGCAGUGCCGGCAGGCCUGUCAAAGCCCAGGUGCUUCAGGUGACCAUCAGUGUAACUGGUCUGUGCCCCAUCAGAACCGCUGCAUCCUCUUGCAGUGUCACCAGCUGAGCGUGUGCCAGAAUGCCAGAGAACAAGACAUCAGUGAUCUGCUUAGAGAAACUGUCGGUGGGAAAAGGGAAACAGUCCUGUUUCACCACCAAAGCCAUCCACAGAAAAAGAAGAGGAUGGUGAAUGCCCAGGUUGACCAACACAACGUGGAAAACCUGUUUUCCUCGGCUGCUCGAACUGACAAGAUUCACCUGAGGCAUUUGCUUAAUGUUGGGAGUGAAGAUGUAACAACAAAUGCAAGAAAAACAAUUGCAAGUGAUGCAACCACCACCGCGACCACCACCACUGAGACCACCAUCACUGCCACAACCAUAACAACAGUUACAAAUGCAACUGUCCUCACUACAGCUUAUGAAACAGCUGCCAAAGCCUCAAACGCCUCUGGAGGUUCUGAUCUCCAUGCUGAAGCCAUGUCACCCAAUGCCUCUUCUCCCACUUCUGGUAACAGCUCUGCUUCCACUUCCAGCCAUGUCACCAACCUUGUGAACACCACUGAAAAAUCAGGAAAUAGUAGCUCUGUCUCAGUAUUGUUCCCCACUUCUACUUCUGCUCCCCUCACUGUCCCUUCUGCAGCAGGUACUCAAGCUGAGCAGUUGAACCCAGCCAUCACCACCACCAGCACUCCUGGCUCUAGUAGCCCCACCGCUAUUGGAGCUGGCCUGAAGACACUGAGCGCAGCAUUGACCACCCUCAUCCCGCAGGAUGCAGGAACUUCUGCUUCCACUGGUGCCAUGGCCCUCACCCCCUUGGAGAGUUCACACUCUGUGAAGCCACUGCCUGCCAUGACGUCACCUUAUCUAGAGCCAGAAGCCAGCACAGCCACGACAUCCUUGAGCAAAUCAGGUUCUCAUCUGGGCUCUACAAGAGGUGCCACUGUUUUAACUACUGUUUCUUCAGCAGAAACUACGACUGGGCAUGGGAUAAAGUCAACAUCUCGUGUUUUUUCAACACCCACAACUCCAGCAGAUGCACCCAAAACAACAGCUUUGGGCCUUGCAGAAACUCAGGACAGGGACAACGAGUAUCUUCUCAUUGCUGCCAAGCCUCUGACUCAGUACUUAGUGGAUAAAAGUUCCCUUCUUGUAGUGCUUUUAGUUGGUACGUUUUUUUUCAUAACUGUUAUAGUUCUUUUCCUCGUGCAAGCCUAUGAGAGCUACAAAAAGAAGGAUUACACGCAGGUGGAUUACCUGAUCAAUGGAAUGUAUGUGGACUCGGAGAUGUGACAGGGUGGGGACAGAACAGCGGGCAGAGAGAUGGAAAGGAGACUGAAAGCCUGCCUGACUUGUUUGUCUUCCCUAUUUGCCUAUAACACAAACUGAAAGUGCUUCCAAAUUUACUUCUGGUGCAAUUGAGGAGAAAUGCCAU